AUGGCAGACACAGAGGUAUCUUUUACUCCAGAGUACUCUAACGAGCUCCUCCGAUGUGUUCAAAAUUUAUAUGAGGAUGAUAUUAAACACUACUUCACACAGUCUAAAUUGGAAAAACUGCUGGAUCUGUUGGAACAUACAGAGUAUCUGUUUGAAUCAUACUUGCAAUUUCUGCAUGAGAAAAAUAAUCAGGAUGCAUUGACUGCAUUCAUUAUUGGUUGUUAUUAUCUUUAUCUGAUUGUCCCUCAAUCGAUCGAAUUUCAGACUAGGAAUAAAUCCUACAGCAUAUUUAAUGAUCUUAUGAAGAUGUAUCAGAAUCAAGCUAAUAUGACCAACGUGCUACUAAUGGUGAAAGAUGAGGUGGAUUCUAUUCUGGAUAGGAAUGCAAGAGAAUUCAAAGAGUUUGAACACCAAAAGGCGCGCACGAGAGCUUACUCUGUCCCAGAUCGCAAUUUUGAGUCUCGUCUGACAAACCUCAACAUUCAUAACGAGAAUCCGCUGCCGCUUGGUGAUCAUCAGGCGGCUUCCAAGUCAGAACAGGGUCGGGAAGACAUGAAUAACCUUCAGAAUGAUGAGGACUCUUCGCCAGUAUGGACUGCUCCACCUUUGGAGCCUAACGAUCAGUUAAGGAUUGCAUUGGAUGCAACACCUCUGUCUCCAUCGAUUAUGGCAUUGGAUCAACCAAUGGCUACUAAAGAGCUCGCUAUCUCUACUUCGAGGAAGGCCCUGUCUAGAAGAGCAAGUGCUAUGGGGCCUACUCCGUACCCUAUUGAAGAGUUGGACAUUUCUGGGCAGGACGGUAACAGUCACUAUGAUGAACUUGGUUUCAAUAAGACCCUCUGGAAUGCAAACGUGGAUAGACAAACAACUCAUAGAAAGGACUCAUACCAUUCCGUCUAUAUGUUUGAAGGAGGGUCGGAUGACCACAUGCCAUCGAUAUCAAAAGAUUUUACUCAAGGUUUAGAAAGAUUGCAGAAGCAAAGCAUUAUUACAGCACCAGAGCUAUUCACAAUUUUGUCAAGCUCCGAAGAGAGCGAAAAAUUACUGUUGAUUGACUUUAGAUUAUCGAAAAGAUCAAAAGUCAAUCACAUUAUUGCACCCACUACAGUUGAGAUAGACCCACGUCAGCUUUGGGAUCCGAAAACAAAUACACCGAUUUCGAAUGCCGCCACUUUAGAUGAAAUCAUCAAAAAGCCAGCAUUUCUUGAAAGAGGCUCAUACGAUUACAUUGUUUACUACACCGAUAUGAAGACUUACAUGACCAUUGAUUACGACUACAUGUUCACAUUGUUUUAUCUAUUGACGGCGUCCCCCACGGUAAACCUGCGGUCUUUACCAACUCAUCUACUUGGUGGAUACGAGAAAUGGAAGAAAAUCAUGAAGAAUUACUCGGUUGACCAUGGGGUGAAUAUGGACAAUUAUAUUUAUAGACCUUAUGGUGAAAGCAAGAAGGCUUUACCUGAUACAUCGAGCAAAAGAACUCCUGAGCUGCCUUCCUGGAAGCCUCCUGCAAUACCACCUCGCAUUAGAAAGCGCCCGCCACCUCCACCGCCUAUCAGCGUUCCUGUACCUACCGAAAAACCUCCGGCGGCGCCGCCGCCUCCUAUUCCUCCCAAGGUAUCGUUGGAAACUCAUCCAGAAGAGCCGCCUGCAGUGGAUGAUCAUUCGGUAGAAACGACUAGGCCCACUAGAAUAACCAGAAAGGCUAUCGGAUCUAGACCUUUGCAUACACAUCCACAUGAUCAGCGUCUGAGCUUACAAAGGCACUAUUCGAUCCCAACUAUUGAAAAAAGCUCUAAUACUUAUGUUUCUCUCUCCAUCACUGGACUCAGGAACCUGGGGAAUACUUGUUACAUCAAUAGCAUGCUUCAAUGUCUGUUUGCUACCACCAAGUUCAGAGAUUUAUUUGUCUCAGGAAAAUUCGAAGAGUUCUUCAAUCAGAAUUAUAGUAAUAGGCCUCAACUUUCCAAAUCUUUCAACAUUUUAUUCAGAAAGAUGUAUAUCAAUGGUGGUUGCUCUGUGGUUCCUACCAGUUUUCUCAAAGUUCUGGAUCAUCUGAGACCAGAUUUGAGAAUCCCAGAUGACCAACAAGAUACGCAAGAAUUUUUAAUGGUUACUCUUGAUAGAUUACAUGAUGAACUGUCAAAUCAAGCCGCGGUGGCUAAUGAGUAUCCCGACUUGCUUUUAUAUGAUGAACAUCAAAUGGAUGUCAACGGUAAGGAGUAUAAGAAAUGGUUUGAGGAAAGCGUGAUUGGAAAUGGUCUUGCUCCCAUUGAUCACAUAUUUCAGGGACAGAUCGAGAACAUACUGGAGUGUCAACGGUGCGGGAAUUCAUCGUUUAGCUAUUCCACAUUUUAUGUUCUUUCUUUAGCUAUUCCAAAACCAUCUACCUCCACUUUUUCAAGGGCCAAGAGAGUGAAGUUGGAGGAUUGCAUCAACAUGUUCACCAAUGACGAGAUACUUUCAGGAGAAAACGCCUGGGAUUGCCCAAAAUGUGGUUCUGCCGUCACUGACAUGGGUCCCAACCAUUUGAAGAAGUCUAAGAAGAAGAAAAAAUCAGAACUUGGAGAGGAACGACGUAGUAAAAGCGGAUUCUUCCGUAUACACUCCAAGUCAAAGAGAUCAAAAUCUCCAUUUAGAAUGCUGGGAAGCACGAAAUUUCCUUUAGCCAUGGAAGAUUGGAAGAGCAAGGAAUUAUCCACUAAAAAAACUCUGAAUUUCAUUUUUCUUCCACCCGUUUUAAUUAUCCAUCUCUCAAGAUUUUACUAUGACUUGACGAAGAAAAACGACACUAUCGUCACCUACCCGCUAGUAUUAAACAUAAUCCUUAAAAAUAACGAAACAGCCAGAUACAGACUUUACGCCGUUGUAAAUCAUACCGGCAAUCUUAUCAGUGGACAUUAUACAUCGUUAGUCAAUAAAGAGCCAAUGCAUAAAUUGGAUAAAGGUCGACAAAAAUGGUACUACUUUGAUGAUGAGGUUGUCAAAGAAGAGACUAAGCAUGGUAAUAUAGACCAAGGCAUUUUAAAAGUAUCAAGUAGUGAUGUCUACGUUCUGUUCUAUGAACGUUUGGACUAA